CCCAUUGCGGCGGCGGCGGCGCGGCGCGAGGCGGGGCGGGGCGGGGCGGGGCGGGGCGGCCGGCCGAGCCCGGGGCAGCGGAGCCGCGAGCGGCCAUCGCGCAGCGCCGCCAGUCCGCCCGUCCGCCCUCCCGCUCGCGCGACUGCAGGGAGGCGAGGACUCUGACGACGGUACCAGCUCUUCAGGACACUGUAUGACACUACAUCAUGAGUGACAGCAAAUGUGACAGUCAGUUUUACAGUGUGCAAGUGGCAGACUCAACUUUCACUGUCCUGAAACGUUACCAGCAGUUGAAACCGAUUGGCUCUGGAGCCCAGGGAAUUGUUUGUGCUGCUUUUGAUACAGUUCUUGGAAUAAAUGUUGCAGUCAAGAAACUAAGCCGUCCUUUUCAGAAUCAAACUCAUGCAAAGAGAGCUUAUCGUGAACUCGUCCUCUUAAAAUGUGUCAAUCAUAAAAAUAUAAUUAGUUUGUUAAAUGUGUUUACACCACAGAAAACUCUAGAAGAAUUUCAAGAUGUGUAUUUGGUUAUGGAAUUAAUGGAUGCUAACUUAUGUCAGGUUAUUCACAUGGAGUUGGACCAUGAAAGAAUGUCCUACCUUCUUUACCAGAUGCUCUGUGGUAUAAAACAUCUGCAUUCAGCUGGUAUAAUUCACAGAGAUUUGAAGCCUAGCAACAUCGUAGUAAAAUCAGACUGCACACUUAAGAUCCUUGACUUCGGCCUGGCCCGGACAGCGUGCACCAACUUCAUGAUGACCCCCUAUGUGGUAACGCGCUAUUAUCGGGCGCCUGAAGUCAUCCUGGGCAUGGGCUACAAAGAGAACGUUGAUAUCUGGUCAGUGGGUUGCAUCAUGGGAGAGCUGGUGAAAGGUUGUGUGAUAUUCCAAGGCACUGAUCAUAUUGAUCAGUGGAAUAAAGUUAUUGAACAGCUAGGGACACCGUCUGUGGAUUUCAUGAAGAAACUUCAGCCAACUGUGAGGAAUUACGUAGAAAACAGGCCCAAGUAUCCUGGCAUCAAAUUUGAAGAACUCUUUCCAGAUUGGAUAUUUCCAUCAGAAUCAGAACGAGACAAAAUAAAAACAAGUCAAGCCAGAGAUUUGUUAUCAAAAAUGUUAGUGAUAGAUCCUGACAAGCGCAUCUCUGUGGACGAAGCAUUGCGCCACCCUUACAUCACUGUUUGGUAUGAUCCUGCUGAGGCAGAAGCGCCACCACCUCAAAUCUAUGAUGCCCAGUUAGAAGAAAGAGAACAUGCAAUUGAAGAAUGGAAAGAGCUAAUUUACAAAGAAGUAAUGGAUUGGGAAGAAAGAAGCAAGAAUGGUGUAAAAGAUCAACCUUCAGCACAGAUGCAGCAGUAAAUAGCAACGCCACGCCUUCUCAGUCAUCAUCCAUCAAUGACAUUUCGUCCAUGUCCACCGAGCAGACGCUGGCCUCAGACACAGACAGCAGCCUUGAUGCCUCAACUGGACCCCUGGAAGGUUGCCGAUGAUAAGUUAGACACAGCAAGCUUGUCGUCAGGGAGGAACUGUUGCUCCAUGGGCCUGCCACGCCUGGGAGCUGAUGGAACCAAAUAGAAAAACUCCAUGUUCUGCAUGUAAGAAACACGAUGCCUUGCCCCACUCAGUUCUAAUAGGACUGCCCACUUAGAUUAUAAAAUGAAGCAGAUUAUGUCUGAAGAAAAAAAAAAAGUGCAAGCCACACUUUUAGAGAUUUUGUUCAAGGUCAUUUCAGGUGAGCAAUCAGAAUAGAUGAAUGUUUUAAGUUGUACGGUAAUAGUCGUGACAACUUCUCAUCCUCAGUCACCAUUGGGACUUGUUUGCAUGUGACCAUAUACGCUCGCUCAGAUUUGCCAUCUGGCACUUUGGAAAUCAGUAUUUAAAUGCCAAAUAAUCUUCCAAGUAGUGCUGCUUCUAGAAUUAUGUCUUAAUCCUUUUAGGUAAUUUGGUGUCUGUCCAGAAAAAAAAUUAUGUGUAUUAAUUGGCCACCAUCCUAUUACCGUAUCUUACCUUCUUUUAUGGUAUGAUUUAUUCUAUUUUGUACUUCAGAAGGAAUAUAAUUAAAUCUAUUUAAUAAAUAAAAAUAUAACAAAUCUG